GCAAACCCAUGUCAGCAGCUAGCUAGCUUGACCCACAUUUGAAGCACUAAUGUGAGGAUUUAGAUACCAUUCCCUGGCUAAAGGGUCUAAUAAUUUGGGAGACUUUAUCUCCAAGUCCACUGAAUUUAACCACAAGAAAUUGCUUGCAUGCAAUAGUAGACAACAAUUUGGAAUAUUUCUGAGAAUAGAUUAAGCAUUAAGGAAGGUGCAAUACCAAGGCCACAGAGGAAUAUCUUCUAGGGCUUGGUUUUCCCUUGUAUAUAUUUAAGUAACCUACGGUGCCAUGGUUGCCGUAUUAAAGAAAGCAUUCGGCUCCAUCAUAUCUGCCAUUGCCCAGUACUGCUACUUUCGCUAUCGGGACAUCCACAAACUCAACAACUUCGACAACUUCAACUACAACAUGCCCAAGGGUCGUCCACUCUCCUUGCAGACCGUGGAGCUCAGAGUAAGAAUGUGCUGCGCUGGCUGCGAGAGAGUUGUCAAAGAUGCCAUUCACAAGCUUAGAGGGGUUGAUUCGGUGGAGGUGGACCUAGAGUUGGAAAAGGUAACUGCGGUCGGGUACGUCGAUCGAAACAAGGUGCUCAAGGCAGUGAGGAGGGCUGGAAAGAGGGCUGAAUUCUGGCCUUACCCGGAACCACCUUUGUACUACACAUCCACCGAUCGCUAUUUCAGAGACACUACUAACGAGUUCAAAGAGAGUUACAACUAUUAUAAGCACGGCUACAAUCUCGGCGACAGGCACGGGACCAUUCCGAUUAGUCAUCGAGGAGACGACAAGGUCAGCAACAUGUUCAACGAUGACAACGUCAAUGCCUGCUGUCUCAUGUAAUUAACACCAUGCGCAUCAUGAUCAUCAUCAUGUGUACGUAAUAUAUGUUACCAUAUAUAUCUAGCUAGUUUCUAGAGGCAUAAUUUGUAUGGUCUGGAUGGAAAAUGAUCCGUCAAUCUCUUUAUGUAAAGCUUUGUUUGCUUCUUUUGUAUGCUGAUCGUGGCUGGGAGUGGGGAAUAUAUUCAAUGGAACAGUUCCAAGGACUCUUUGCUUGCAA